AUGUUAAAAGAGAAUAAAUUGUUCUGUAAAAGUGCCAUGAUGUUUCACACAUCUGAACAUGGGCAGUCCAAUGCAAACAUGACUCAUCGACGCAGAAAUCGAACAAGAAAAUUUAAUUUCAAUAUGUCUUGGUAUGGGACUUUGUAUAAACGAAUAAAAGGAUCUCAAAAAACAUGGAGUCUUUAUCAUAAUCCACUGCAUGAUCCAGAAAACACUUUCCUUAGUUUCUCCAAUCCCAACUACCAAUUUGAAGACCAACUUAAAAUGAAAUCCAGUAAAAUUAACAAAGACGUAAACAUCUAUGAUGAGGUAGACAUCACGUCAAUGUCUCUGUUAGACAAUAAAUCUGCUUCAGAAAAAUACUCCAACAAAAGUGAGAAACAGAGACUUCUGGCCGAAUUGUCUGCCGACAGUUCAUCAGAGGAUGAAGACAGGAGUGAAUGUGAAAACAAGGACUUAAAACAAAACACAUGGAAAAAUGAGAAAAAUCUGAUGCAGAAAGGGGGCAGGAAUUCACAAGUGGAGAAUGAAAACUCUGGCAAGAAAUCCACAGGGUUUCUGGACUAUUACUCCAUGCUGGAAAGCAAAGCCAAGGAAAAGUCCCAAUCCGUCUCAUCCGACCUGGAUCUGGAACUGGAGUGGAGUGGGAUUACAUCUCCAGUCAGCCAGGCCAAAGUCAAGUUUGACAUAAACUCGCCUGAUAGUGGUAUCCAUUCAGAUGCAAGAUCAGAUGAUGGGACACAUGUCCAUGGACCUGUUAAUGAUGAUGUUUCCUCAGUGGUCACUAAGUCAUCAGAGCAGGACAGUUCGGAAGAAACCACACCCACAGGGGACGUGCCGAAGGAAGUGGUGCUGCCACCUGGCUGGGAGAAGUGUGAGGAUGAGGAGGGGGCGUAUUACUGGCACAUCAAGAGUGGGACGAUCCAGAGGGAGCUACCAUCACCAGCUCCACCCGAUGUCAAACAGACCACACUUAGGUCACUGAGUGUUAAGAGUAAUUCAAGUUCUGGCUCUACAAAUGGAUCUGUACCCUCUAGUCCAUCUAGUGUAUCCUCUAAUACAGAGGACCCACUAAAGGCUUUUGAAGGCCAUGCCUUACAAUAUGCUGCAAAAUCAUUGCAAAACAUUUCCUCGAAGCAGGAGGUGCAACCAGAACCAAGGAAGACUGAACCGCAUGAGAAGCCAGUACGAUUUGCAGUUCAGUCGUUGGGUUGGGUCAGGAUAGCUGAGGAGGAUUUGACUCCUGAGAGAAGUAGUCGAGCUGUCAAUAAAUGUAUUGUGGAUUUGUCAUUUGGCAGGAACGAUAUCAACGACGUAGUUGGUCGAUGGGGAGAUGGUAAGGAUCUGUACAUGGAUCUGGACAAAGACAGUCUGAGGUUGGUGGACACUCAGGAUUUCACCACUCUUAACUCACAGCCCAUACAGUCCAUCAGAGUCUGGGGAGUGGGCAGAGACAAUGGACGAGAUUUUGCUUAUGUUGCUCGUGAUAAGACAACAAGGAAGCAUAUGUGUCAUGUGUUUCGAUGUGACACCCCGGCUCGACACAUUGCCAACACUCUGAGAGACAUCUGCAAGAAGAUCAUGUUGGAGCGACACUUGGAACAGAAUGCAGUGGUUCAGCGACUUAGUCGCCCCACCGACCUCCCAAACCUGGACAAAUCUAAUGGACAGACAAACGGACAAAAGCUGUCCUUUCAGAGCUUGUAUAGCAGUAUUUCAUUUCCUACCCCAAUGGAGGAACCUAAGAAAAUCAUCCGCUGUCACUAUCUUGGACGUGAAAUGGUCUCUAAGCCAACAGGGACUGAUGUACUAAACAAUGCCAUCGAGUCUCUCUACAGUCGUAUCCCACCAGAAAAAUGGAUCUUUGUUGAUGUAGCAAUAGCUCCCUCCACUCUCACUAUAACAGAACAUGGGAAACCAGAGAACAGAAUAGAUGACUGUCGCAUUCGAUAUCUGUCAUUCAUGGGAAUAGCCAUGGAGAAUGCCAAAUUGGGUGGCUUCAUUAUACAUGGGGCUGAGGACCAGUUUUAUGCCCAUGUGUUCCACUGUGAGCCAUCAGCUGGACCUCUGUGUAAAACUAUAGAGGCAGCUUGUAAGCUACGGUUCCAGAAAUAUUUAGAUGCACAUGGAAUUCAGACCCCAACUCCGACACAGAAAAACAAGAGUUUUGGUGCUUGCUUUCGACACAGUGUUCAGAGCUUUGUGGAGACCUUGAAGUCCCCUGUCAAGUAAGUCUACAAGCAAGAAAUAGUAUCCAACAGAAUGCUUGCAAAGAAGACAAAUAAUGCUGAUCUACCAUUCGUAACUAAAUAACUACAUUAGAACUGUUGUGUUUGAUGGUGUUCAUUGAAAGGAAUAAAUCCAGCAUUAUAAAUUAUAUUGUGUAAGGUAAUAUGCAAACUGUCUGUACAUGCUUGUGAAUAUUUUGUAGUGUUUUUUGGAUAGGAGACGGUAUAAAAUUUAACAUAAUUUUUUGCAUACAGUAUUUACCAAUGAAUCUCCUGUUUUCCUGUUGAAGAUAUUUGAAAAUCUGAUUGUUCCUUGGUACAUGAAGAUUUUUAGGGACUCUGAGCAAGUUUUACCAAAUAUGAAAAUCAUAAACAGGCUGGAAUCUUGAAAUGACUGGCAAUGUAGAAAAGCUUGCUGUGAGAAUAUUUUAACACUGCAUUCCACAUUUUUGUAAUUGUACGUAAAAGUUUGUACAUGUACUAAUACUUGUAAGCUUUAAUUUUGUAUGAUAUUUUUAUACAUGUAAAUGUCUGCCAAAUCUUUGUUCUGUUAAUGGUUGAAUUUUAUACUAAAUUUUUAUAGCCUCUGUUUUGAUUUGUUUUUCAAUCCUUGCCUUUGUUAUCAAGCAGGUAUAUAUACAUAUAGUUGUGUUAUUUUUGUUUUUAAAAAGUUAUCAAAACCACCAUUUAAAAGGGUAGUUUGGUUGUUUUUGCAAAACUUUGAGGACCAGUUUAAUAUGAGCUAAUGUGAUAUUGGUAUGGGCAUUUGUACUUAUUUGUAUGCUAUGUAUACAAGUUCAUUUUAUUUCUUCCAGUGUGUUUUAAUUUGUACAUGGCUUAUACAUAAUUAGUUUGUAGAAUGGUAUUUAAUACAUUUAAUUAUGAGUUGAUUUACUGCUAACAUGCUAUUUUUUUUUAAAUCUAUGCCAGUUUAUAUACUCAUUUAAUAUUUUUUAUCCUGAUGUUGCUUUUACCAAUGAUUUGCCAUAUUAUUGUUUUCCGACUUAUACCCAUGUGCAAUAUCAAGUGUUUUCAGGUGUAACAGCCAUUUUAUAGUGUAAGAACACUUACUGUGACAGUUUAAUUCAUUGAUUUGUUUGAUUGUCUUGUUUUGCUGAAAUACUUAUGUUUUAUGCAUUUCUGUGAAUCCAUCUGUGAUGAGGAACUUGUACUUUUCUAUGGACUUGAAUUUAUCAAGAGUUAUUUCCCGUUGGUUGUCAUACAGGAGGUCACCAUGCUUGGAUGUCACUGAAGUGUAGAAAAGACGGAUUUUUCAGAUGAAUUUGCUUUAGUUAAAGUCUCCUAUAAUUCAUGAUUAUUUUUAUAUUGUUAAGAUUUUUGCCAUAUAUCAUUUAUUCUUGCUAUACAUGUUUUAAAUUUCAUCAAUCAAAAAAGAAAAUUCCCAAGGUUGACCUCCAAACAUGCUGGCCAAGGGGAAUAACUUUGACAGAAAAUGUUAUACUUUCUAAAUUACUGGAAUUUUUCAAAGAAAUUUUAUUGCAACAGAUAUUCAAGAAUUCCAAAAUUUUUCUCCAAAAAUGUGACAAAAAUCAGUUGUUAUUAUUAUAUAAUGCAUAUUUUUUUUGCUUUAUUUUAGAGGAUGUUAGUCAGGGCUAUUUUAGCCUUAUAUUCAAACCCCCUGGGAAAAAUAUAAGAAAUUGCAUUAAAUUUGACAGCUCAAACAGAAAAAUACCAUUUCAUAUUUUAAAGAUGGAUCUGUUUGGUAAUCUGUUUAGUACUCAGCCUCCUUGAUCUUUUAAAUUCAAGUCAAUCAAGGUAGAUACAUAUUCAGAUUUAAUUUCAUUCAAGUCAUCCUGCAAAUACAGUAAAACUCGAUAAAGUGAAUUCCCUUCACUAUAUACAUAAUGAGUAAUAACCUAUAAUGAAUUUGUUUUAAAGCAUAAAUAGCGAAUUCUCAAUAUACAUAUUUUCUUUCAAGUAUAACUACCAAAUAUGUUAAGAGAAGUAUUAAAUACAAAACUUACCUUAGAGAAGUAAAAUUUUCUGAUGAUUUAAAUUUUAGAUAAAAAAUACCAAAAAAUGUCGAAUCAGUAUUUUGAGAUUUUUAAUAUAUUGUUGUAAAAGGAUGUAAAUUUCACUAUUUUUAACCUCUACAGGACACAAAAUCUAUUUGCUAUGUCUGUAAAUUCUUUAUAUUAGAGAUAAGAUAAAGUUUUGCAAGGAAUUGUUAUGAAUUUUUGCCAUGGAUCCCAAAUACUUGACUAUAUCCAUUAAUUUGCUAUACAUGUAUCUAUAAAUUUGCUACAUCUGUAAAUUUUCUAUAUCCAUGUUCGUACUAAACAAGUUUUACUGUAGAGGCUGUUGCCAUCUUUUCCCUUCAAUGACACUGAUGGGUGACAAGGUUGUGUUUUAUUUUUUAAAAUGGUAUCUUUAAAUGACUGGAAAAUCAAAAUAUUACUGUUAUUAAAAUUUGUUUUUAUUUUUAGAAUUUAUAUUAAUGUUGUUUCCUAAUACUGAGGUUUUUUUUUUUCAUUUGCAAUCAUUUUCUCUUAGAUUUUAUGCAAAA